GAGUAUUUUCGUUUCUUCUUUGGAGCAUUUUCUCUUUUUUAGUGGAAAUUUUGUGAAAAGUGUGAAAAAGUGAAUUAUUUGAUUUUCUACUUGGUAUUUUGGAGUGAAAAUUGCACAGAAACUAUCUUAAAUGAAAUAAUUACAUUCGGCCAGGAUGUCGCAUACAACAGUAGGAAUAAAGUUGGAGGGCAGUGAGUUGCAAUCGUAUCUGGAGUCCUUCAAUAAGGAGAUUGAUACCACUGCUACAGCUGGACCGUCAUCUGCUGGUCAUACAGAAGCGGAAACAAUAACAAUCAUCCGGGAUGCAGAAGGUGAAUCCGGAGGGGAGGAUGAUGAUGAAGAUACUGGGACGUACUUCAUAGACUCCUCCGGGAACUACUACUACCAGGCAACAAAGGAUUCCGAACCUGUUUUGACUACACCACCAGACUUCUUGGAUGAUGAAGAUGUCAAGGAGAAAACAGAGACGAAGAAGUCUUCGGAGAAUCAAGACUAUGUCACAAUAAUGCCGUCUGACGGUGGAUCCGGUGAGGUGAGCUAUGUGUUGAUCAUGAAUGGGCAGGAUGGCAAGGAGCAGGCUAGCCAAGAAACUCUCGAGGGUGGUGAAGAAGAACAACCAGAGGGGGAGGAAUUUGAGGGAGAAGAUGAAGAUGGGAAUGUUUAUGACUUUGAGGAGGAUCCCGACAAGAUUAUUGGGCUUUCCGAUGGGGAAGAUGACAAGCAGAAGGUGAUGAAGAUUAUCAAGGGGCCCAUGCAGACGGUAUCGCAUCUCUGCAACUACUGCAACUACACAAGCACCAAGCGCUACCUCUUGUCGCGCCACAUGAAAUCCCAUUCGGAUGAGCGCCCCCACAAAUGUAGUGUGUGCGAGCGUGGCUUCAAAACCGUGGCGUCACUUCACAAUCACGUGAAUACCCACACUGGGACCAAACCGCAUCACUGCAAAUUUUGCAUGAGCUCCUUCACGACAUCCGGAGAGCUUGUUCGCCAUGUUCGCUACCGGCAUACCCACGAAAAGCCACACAAGUGCUCAGAGUGUGACUAUGCGAGUGUCGAAUUGAGCAAGUUGAAGCGGCAUAUUCGCUGCCACACCGGGGAGCGCCCAUAUCAAUGUCCUCACUGCACCUACGCCUCUCCGGAUACAUUUAAGCUGAAGCGCCACUUGCGCAUCCACACGGGGGAGAAACCCUACGAAUGCGAUGUGUGCAAUGCAAAAUUCACCCAAAGUAACUCCCUGAAAGCUCACAAACUCAUCCACAAUGUGGGAGACAAGCCGGUCUUUCAGUGUGAGCUCUGCCCCACAACGUGUGGCCGCAAAACCGACCUGAGGAUUCACAUUCAGAAGCUUCACACAUCCGACAAGCCACUCAAAUGCAAACGCUGCGAUGGACUUUUCCCUGACAGAUAUACUUACAAGAUCCACACAAAGACACACGAAGGAGAGAAAUGCUACAAGUGCGAUCUUUGUCCUUACGCAUCAAUUUCUGCGCGUCAUUUGGAGUCUCAUAUGCUUAUUCAUACAGAUCAGAAGCCCUACCAGUGUGAUCAGUGUGAACAGUCUUUCCGGCAGAAGCAACUUCUGAAGCGUCAUAUAAAUCUCUAUCACAAUCCAGACUACGUGCCGCCGGUGCCAAAGCCAAAGGGGCACCAUUGCCCGCACUGUAGCCGUAGCUUUAGGCACAAGGGUAACCUCAUUCGGCAUCUUGCGCUGCACGAUCCCGAAUCUUCAAUUCACGAAGAUGCGCAGGCGCUUAAGGCGGGACGGAAGAAGCGCAUUCUGUACGAUGGGGAAUUCAAAACAGAACAAUUGGACAGUGAUGAGGAGCAGGAGGAGGAGGAGUACGAGGAUGAGGAUAUGCCACCAGAUGAGGAUAUGAUUGAGGAAACUCAAGAUAGUGUUGAGGAAGAACAUAAAGAGACGAUGAUUGUUGAGGGGGAUGAUGACAAUCAAUAUGUUGUAUUGGAGGUCAUCCCGCUUGGUGAUGAGGAGGACGAAGGACAAAAUUCACGUCUCAAUGAGGAAUUUCUCCUAUCAGAGAAUAUUGAAGGAGAAGUUCUCGAAGGACUUCAUGAUCCUAGCAAGAAAAUAAGUGUCAAGACCGAAAAUGUGGAUAAAGACAUGGGAGAUUGCUUUGGAUUUGAUGAGGAAGAGGAUGAAGAGAUGGAAGUAAGAGAAGCAAAUCCAGCAAAGAAAAUGAAGAAAUCUAGUAUUGUGGCAAAGCAGUAGAUAUGCUCUCAUUCAUUUAUUUUAUCUACAUAAAUUUAAAAAUUUUAAAUAAGGUUUAAUAUCAUAAAAAAUUGAUAAAAAGUGUAGGGCUUUCAAGCAAAGCAACAUACAGACAUUUAAAAUAAAGUAAAAUUUCUAUAGAAGGGAUAAACUUUUAGAUUCCGCAACACAAGUCUGUAUUUUAAUUAAAAUUACUUUUAUUUAACUAAAAGUAUCUCUAGAAGGAUAAAAAUAUUAAUUAUAAAAAUAAAAUAAAUGUUAACCAAUGA